AUGGGGUUUGGAGGGACCAUUUCAGUUAUUAUGGAAACAAGUUAUGAAGGAUCGGGGUAUAUAAACCCAUCACCCCCAGUUCUAAACCUUAACCCUAUAAAGAGAGGCAGCCGCCACCCUCAUUCUUCACUUCCGGUAGCCGCCAACCUCUUGACACCUUGGUGGACCAUCAAAGCCUUUGAGGUCAUUGUCGAUGAAGGAACGACGAAGUCACCGGACCACCGCCCCUUCACUGUUGAAGCCGAAAAUCACGAAGAUUAUGCUUCCAUUGCUCCCAUUGCUACUGAUGAUGAUGAACCUCCUCCUCUCCUCACUUCUCUCCAUAUGACUACGUUACCGCAGCUAUCUAGAGGUCUCUCAACAUCACUGACACACUACAUCCACUGCAUGCCGCAUGACAUGGUGGUCAGGUCCGUGCCGACCAUGGUGGCUGUUGCCGAUAAUGAAGCUACUAUUGUUAACCAAUGUUGUUGCCACCUAACUCAGCCACUGCCACCACCGCCGUACGCCACUAGGUUUGUGACUGGGUAUAUUUCACAAACAGAAGUGUUUUUGGGUGUGUUUCCAUCGUUAGGGUGUGUUAUCUGUGGUUUGUGUAAUCUGGAAUCAAAAGUGAGCCGCCACCACCACCACUGUGAGGUGGUGGCUAGCUCCUCCGACCACUACCUACCGCCAUAG